AUGCGUCCUUCACCCCGUGCUCGUGCGUCCCCGUCUGCUUCGGGCUCUUCGCCUGGCUCUCUGAACGACCUGUUCGUUCCCCCCUCGCCUGUGCCCGACCGGUCCCGGAAGAGCGCGCGCCUGGCGUCCCAGGACGCUGGAUCCGUCCGCACCUUCCUCACGGCCCGUGGCGUCGUGCCAGGCCCGGAUGCUACCCCGCUGCAGCUCCACUGGGGCGGCUCGUGCGCGGAGCGCUUCAAUCUGCAACGGAUUCCUGUUGUCUCCGACCUCCCCUUCCAAGUGGGGUCUUUUGCACUAUAG